AUGUCUUCUACCGUAAAUCCAAUCAUUUUCGAGUCCUACCCUGAACGUGGGUUCAAGGCAUAUAGCGUCGUUUUGGGUGCAUGGCUGGCACUGUUCCCAGCCUCAGGCCUCCUCAACUCGACUGGUAUUUUCCAAGCAUGGCUCCUGGUCAAUCAGCUCGAUAAGUACUCGGAGCCCCAAAUUGCGUGGAUAUUCAGCACCUUUGCUUUUCUUUUCUUCUUUGGGGGGAUCCAGGCAGGUCCAAUAUUUGAUCGGUAUGGUCUCGAAUACUUGUUUCCCACUGGAGCAUGCGGCUUAGUCGUGUCGCUGAUAUGUACGAGUUUCUGCACGGAAUACUACCAGUUUAUGCUUGCCUUUGGGUGCCUGGGAGGUCUGUCUUCUUCGAUCAUAUGGACCACCAGCAUCGCCACGCUUGGGCAUUGGUUCAUGCAAAAUCGCGGAUUGGCGACUGGCCUAGCAACAACUGCCGGUGGCAUCGGAGGUCUCUGCUAUCCUCUUGCUUUUUCGCAUCUCUCGCGUCGAAUUGGAUUUCCUUGGACAAUACGAUGCUUUGCGCUCAUUACCUUCAUGUGUUUCCUAGCCAGUCUGCCCUUGCUCAAGACACGGCUUCCGGCAAAUCCGACUUCGCGGCUUGUUCUCGACUGGAAGGGCUUCAAAGACGCAAGAUUUACGCUUACAAUGAUGGCAAUAUUCAUUUUGGAUUGGGCUGUGCUGGUGCCACCAGCAUACAUCACUACAUACACCUCUUUCCAUGGACUGAAUGACCUCUCUCCCAACGUAUUGGCGAUUCUGAAUUCGGCAUCUACCCUGGGACGCUGUCUACCUGGGAUCGUUGCUGAUAAACUCGGUCGAUUCAACGUUAUGAUCGUUUGCGCGACUCUCUCUACCUUGUCAAUCUUUUGUUUAUGGCUUCAUGCGAGGUCUAACGCCGUUGUUGUCAUUUCCUUCGCUGUAACCUAUGGCUUUUUCAGCGGUACUGCUUUCAGCUUGACGCCAGUCUGUGUAGCCCAGCUCUGUAAAACAGAAGAAUAUGCUACCAGGUAUGGAACGGCCUACGGUGUAGUGAGCUUUGCCACAUUGGCUGGAGUUCCUAUCUCAGGAUUGAUCUUAGGAACAAGUGACGGCAACCACUACAACGCCUUGGUUCUCUUCUGUGGCACAGCAUAUGCAGUGUCGGCUCUUCUGUUCCUUUUUGCCAAGGGAGUUAGUAAGGAUUGGAGGCUUUUUUCUGUAUUCUAG